AUGGCAUCCUCACCCCAAGAUUUGAGAGUCGCCAUCCUGGGCGCGGGAAUGGGUGGCUUGACCACUGCUCUUGCUUUGGCUCAGCGUGGUUUCAAGAAUAUUGAUGUAUAUGAAAACGCGCACGAUCUUGGCUUCGUUGGUGCCGGCAUCCAGCUCGCCCCGAACAUGGCGCGAGUCUUGGACAAUCUUGGUGUAUGGAAGCCCAUUGAGGCUGAAGCUGUGAAUAUCUCUGAGACUUCCGUCCGAGAGGGCGCAACUGACAACGAGCUCGCACAUGUGGAUUUGAAUUAUAUCGAAGAGACCUACGGCUACAAGCAUAUGGUCGGUCACCGCGCAUCGCUGGCCGAUGGGCUGUAUCAGGGUUGCUUGAAGCAGUCUGCCAUUAAGUUUCACUUCGCUGUUACUGCAGAGAGUGUCGACUCGUUCGGCCCCAAGCCUUCGUUCACCGCGGUGCCCCGCGAUGAGACUCAAAAGCCGUAUAAGGUCGAGUGUGAUGUCCUCCUUUCUGCAGAUGGUAUUAAGAGUCAAACCCGCGUGGAGAUUCUCAAGCGCUUAAACGUCGAUGUCGGCGUCAAGGAUACCAACCAAGCCGCCUACCGAAUCAUGAUCCACAAGGACCAGAUCAAGGACGACCCUGAGCUUCUUGCUCUGAUUAAUAACACCCGCGUGACUCGCUGGAUUGGCGAGAAGCGUCAUAUCAUCGCCUACGCCGUUUCAAACAACACCAUCUACAACCUGUCCACCACCCAACCCGACACCAACUUUGCUGCUGCAACCAACGCCACCUAUACCACCAAGGGUGACAAGGGUGCAAUGCUGGGAGUCUUCUCCGACUUCUGCCCAAUGGUGCAACGUAUGCUGAACUACGUCCCCGAGGGAGAGGUUGCCUUGGUUGGCGACGCGUGCCACCCAACUCUGCCUCAUCUUGCCCAGGGUGCCGCCCAGGCCAUUGAGGACGGUGCUGUUCUGGCCGUUGUUCUCGCUCGUCUGCCCGAUACCACCCCGGAGUCUAUCAACAAGGCCCUCCGUGUCUAUGAGAAGGUCCGUAAGGGCCGCGCUGAGGCUCUGGUCGAUAUGGCUUCCGCCUCCGGUCGUGCUCUGCACUUGGGUGAUGGUGCCGCAAAGGCUGAGCGUGAUCGUCAAUUCGCUGCUCUUCGUUCUGGAGGUGGAAAGGGUCCUGUCCCUGAUAAGUGGGCCGAUGCUGAUGUCCAGCGUGAGAUUUAUGGCUUCGACUGCACCAAGGUUGCUGAGGACAACUUCGAGGAGUACUUUUCGCAGCUGUAA